AUGAUUUUGUGCACUUUGAUCAAAUGGUAUCAGACUCCGUUGAUGUUGGCUGCAAAACAUGGGAAGAUCGCUAAUGUUGUAAAUCUUAUUGAAGUCGCCAUUACAGUUAACAUGAAGCUUUUCAUCGUCAUCAUCAUAUUCUUCAUGAGAAAGCUUACACUCCACCCUAUCAUCAUCUCCGGAGGAAUCGAUUGCACCUUAAACGAUAAGACGGUGCUUCUGAAAUCGGCUUAUCUCUGCUAUCCGACGCUCUAUUUUCAGUGGAUUUCUCUGUGGCCGACAAUUAACAGGCUUGGAUACGAGAGGUUGACAUAA